AAUUAGGAAGUUUAGAAACAUGAUAUCGACGCUUUUGAAUACGUUUGUUUUUAAAAAUAGUGAAUAAACAAAAGAAAAUCUUUACCUUUAAUGGUUAACGAGCGUGUCGGUGUAUAAAAUUGGCGGUUGUUAACACCGAAAUUAUUUUGAUUAUAUUUCUUCCGGGUGAAAAUAAGUUUUAUACUUCUUCGGUAGAAUGAAUAAAGUUGCAUAUAAAUCAUUCAUGGUUUUAUACAUGGUACAGUGCAUAUCAGCACAACUGUCAUCAGUAGAAGAAAAAAGAAAUGAAACACACUGUGAUACCGGCAAUGUUAACAUAAACUGUGGAAGCUCAGUGAUAGCUGUUGAUUCUAUACUGUAUGGAUAUGAUGCGACUUGUGAUUCGAUUUGUUGCGACUUCAAUACAGACCAUUGUUUAGAAAGUGCGACGACGCCGGAUAGAAGUGAUGCUAGGCGUCAAUGUUCUGGAAAAUCGUCCUGCACUAUUGACCUCGGAGGGGUCCGAGCCUUUUGUUCUCUAGGAACGCACGAACCUUCCUAUGUUACAAUUUAUUAUUAUUGUAUUCCUUCUGAAAGGAAGUUAUCCGUAUGUUCAAGUGACACAAUACAGUCAUCGAGUUCACCACUUUAUUUAACAAAUAAAGAUUAUCCAGGUGUGACAACAGGCGGAUCAACGUGUUCUUGCUCUCUAGAAAUAUAUGAUUGUUCAUCUAGUGUUAACUUAUAUAUCAUUGACGCUGAUUUGUAUUUGGAUACAUCAAACUGUGAACAAAGACUAGAAAUAUGGGACAGUUUAAACGUGACAUUACAGGAGAUCAAAUGUGAAAGUUACUAUGGAUCUGACAUAACCACUCACACUCUAAACAAGCAUUAUAUCACUAUUAACUUUUUGGACAAUUCCAAUGCUAACCAGGAAGGAUUAUUUUUUCUUGGAUUUGCUGCUUCAGCAAUCAAUACUCAAUUCAGUCUCAGCUGCUCUUCUGUACCGGAGACUCGAUGUAUUGAUUGUGCUUCAGUAAUUGAUAUUAAUAAUGGGAAUGCUUCAUUAAUCGUUGAGAACGACUCAUCUAAUGGAGCUCGUGCAAAAGUGAUUUGUGAAGACGGAUAUAACACUACAAAACCGACGAUCGAAUGUUUAGACACGGGUUUGUGGGAAACAAGUACCUGUAUUGCUUAUGGUAACGGUGAUAUAGACGCAGAUGAAAAUAAAGAUGGUGGACAAGAUUUUGCAAUAUGGAAAAUAAUUCUUAUUGUCCUAGCUGUAGCUGUAGCUCUAAUAGCAGUGCUGAUUGUUGUCAGAUACUGUACAAACUGUAAACGUGAUAAAGAUACAACCCACCACAACUGAAGGUGUAUGGUGCACAAUUACUAUCAAAACUCAAAAGGGGAUGCUCCGUCGUCCGUCGUCAUUUUUCAUCAUUCAUCUUCUUCUCUUAAAGCGCUGGGAAAAUUUACAUGAAAUUUGGUCUGUAGUUUCCUUGUGACAGUCAUACUUAUAUUUGCUCAUAUCCUUCGAAUUGGCCUAUGUUUGGGUCAAAAGAGCUAAAAAUAUAAGAACAAAAUCACUUAAAACAUUUUUGUACCGAAUUAAUCGAUGGAUUAUCACCAAACUUUGCGUGUAGCAUUCUUAGGUAGUUUAAUAUCAGAUUUGUUCUUAAUAAUUUGAUCCGCCCAUUGUAGAGACCACUUAAGCUUAAAAUAGAAACAAACCUUAAAAAAUAUAUAUUUCUUCCGACCUAAUUGAUGGGUGAUCACCAAACUGUGCCUGUAGCAUUCACGGCCCUCUUUUUUCUUAAGCCUUAGGGAUCAUCUUCAGGCAUCAAAUAUAUGUUCUUUAUCAUCAACCCCGUCUUAUGUGACACGAUUCUCUAGAAUCAAUAUCUUAAGAAUAAUCUCAUGGACUUUCCUAUUAAAUGUUACUUUUCACAAUAACAUCUUUAUUUCUUAAGAUAUGUACCUAUGUAUUUCAAAUUUCAUACAUUUGUUACUUAUCCUCACGGGUCAUUACUCAAGGGUCAAUAUUCAGAAUUAUCUUCUUGAUAAAUUUGUAACUUUCCUUAUUUUGUCUGUAACUUAUAUACUUCCUCAGGGAUUAAAUUAAGACUUCA